GGCGGUCGAGACGGGACGAUGCUGCAGAACACAGGGACAUUAAGUCUGGUAGAUUCUCUCUGUGCUCCUCGUGUUCACCUCCUCAGUGUUUCUUUUCUCCGCUGCAGACGGAGCGACUCCGUACGAGUGUGUAUGAGUGAGUGUGUAGCCUUCUAUCAGCUAAUUGCAGUGAGGAAGCUCCGUCUGUCUGUGCACUACAGCGGCGCUCUUUCAUCCUUUCAUCCUUUCAGCUGGAGCGCAGAAAAAACACAUCAAGAGAUCAGAUGUUUUAUAGCUGUUUUCCACUGCCUUUGGUGAGCCCCUGGUGGAAGCCUUCUUUCAAAUGAGCCAUCACUCCCCCGCCACCCUGCACGGUCGCUCCAGGAUGUGAAUACUCUUCUUCUGCUUUCUCCAGGAAGCUGGAUUUACAGAAUGAACUUGCAGCGUUCUGAGCUGGGCGUCUGGGCCUGACCUGCGUUUGGAGGCGCCUGCGGUUGGGAGGCCUGCAGGUCACUCAUUAACAUGAGAGCGGCCGGUGGCGGUGCAGCCUGCCUGAGCUCUCUGCUGCUGCUGUGUCUCUUCGCUCUCCGCAGGGGUCUCGGGACCCCGUCUCCGGCCGGCCCCAUUCUGAGCCCACGUAUUCACAACCAAACCAAAACUGCCGAGGGUUCUGUGCGGACAACGCGCACCCACAACCUGACCAAACACCUCCCAGAGGGUGAGAAGGACCCCCACCACCGGCCCAAGAGGGGCUGGGUGUGGAAUCAAUUCUUUGUUUUGGAGGAGCACAUUGGACCCGAAGCACAAUAUGUAGGAAAGUUGCACUCCAAUUCAGAUAAGGGUGAUGGUUCAGUUCGGUACCUCCUCUCCGGAGAAGGAGCAGGGACCAUCUUCACCAUUAACGAGGUGACAGGAGACAUCCACGCCACGAAGAGCCUGGAUCGUGAGACGAAAAACCACUAUGUUCUCCACGCCCGCGCUAUUGACCGCUUCACCAACAGAGCCGUGGAGCCCGAGUCCGAGUUCAUCAUCAAGGUUCAGGAUGUGAAUGACAACGCCCCCACCUUCCCCGAUGGGCCGUUCGCCGCAUCUGUUCCAGAGAUGUCAGACAUAGGAACAUCAGUAUUCCAGAUCACUGCCACCGACGCUGAUGACCCCACAUAUGGCAACAGUGCCAGGAUUGUCUACAGCAUCUUACAAGGGCAGCCCUACUUCACUGUCGACCCCAAAACCGGUAUCAUUAGGACGGCGCUAGCCAACAUGGACAGAGAGACGAGAGAAAUGUACUCCAUCAUCAUCCAAGCCAAAGACAUGGCCGGCUCUGUGGGGGGACUGUCUGGAUCGACCACUGUCAACAUUACUCUGACUGAUGUCAAUGACAAUCCUCCAAGGUUUCCGCAAAAGAACUACCAGUUGUACGUACCGGAAUCUGCUCAAGUUGGAAAAGCUGUUGGGAAAAUCAAAGCCAAUGACGAAGACCUGGGCAUCAACGCUGAGAUGGCAUACAGAAUCACCAAUGAGGAAGGGGCAGCCAUGUUUUCUAUAUAUGCUGAUAGUGACAAAAGGGAAGGAGUCAUCUCUCUCAAAAAGCCAUUGGACUAUGAGAAAAAGAAGGCCUACUCGUUAAGCAUAGAGGGUGUGAACACACAUCUGGACCCUCAAUUCUCCCACCUGGGCCCAUUCAAAGACACCACCACCUUGAAGAUUAUCGUUGGGGAUGUAGACGAAGCUCCAGUAUUCACCAUGGAUUACUACAUCAUGGACGUGUAUGAGAAUGCUCCAGCCGGUGCAGAUGUCGGCAUGGUAACGGCUCAAGACCCCGACAAUGCCAGGGGCAAAGUUAGGUAUUCCAUUGACAGCAGUGUGAAUGGAGAGUCACUUUUCAGCAUCGAUGCCAACAGCGGACUCAUUAAAACCACCGCAAGCUUGGAUCGGGAGGCAGUAGCCUGGCACAACAUCACUGUUAAGGCUUCAGAGGUUGACAAUCCAAAGCUGGUCAGCUACGUUCCAGUCACAGUUCAAGUCCUGGACAUCAAUGACAACACGCCCUACAUUCCUACUGACCAGGACAUCAUUGUGUGUGAGAGUUCCAAGCCGGGCCAGGUCAUCCAGACCAUCAGGGCUACAGACAAUGACAACUUUGCCAAUGGUCGCUUUUCUUUUGCUCUACCAACUGACCUGCCAACCAACCCGAAUUUCACCCUGAAGGACAAUGAAGACAGCAGUGCGAGCAUCAUCGCGCGGCGGUGGGGUUUCAGCCAGUCCGAGCAGGAGCUGCACCAGCUGGCGGUGGUGGUGUGGGACGGAGGAGAGCCUCAGCUCAGCAGCACCAGCACCCUGACGCUGCGGGUGUGUCCAUGCCGGAGGGGCCUCAGAGUGCCCGUCUGCCAGCCGCAGGCCUUCUUUUCCUCCGCAGGUCUCAGCACAGGAGCGCUCAUCGCCAUCCUGCUCUGCAUCCUCAUCCUCCUGGCCAUCGUGGUGCUGUUUGUGACCUUGCGGAGCAAGAAGAUCAAGAAAGAGGCGCUCAUCAUCUCGGAGGAGGACGUGCGGGAGAACGUGGUGACGUACGACGAUGAGGGUGGCGGGGAGGAGGACACGGAGGCUUUCGACAUCGUGGCUUUGAGGAACCCCUCAGCUGCUGGAGAGGUCAGAAGGAGAAGGGGGGAGCCACAAACGGAGGUUUGGGGCGGAGCGGUGGGCGGGGACAGUCUGAGCCCGUCGCUGACCCUGCCCAGUCAGGACAUUCAUGAUGUGAUCCAGCUAAAGGUAAUGGAGGCAGACCAGGACACCAGCGGACCUCCGUACGAUUCCCUCCAAACGUACGCAUACGAAGGGCAGGGCUCACCCUCCGGCUCCAUCAGCUCUCUUGACCUCCCUGGACCUCCAUCAGAGCCGGAGCCCCCUGAGCCAGAUGACUGGGGGCCUGAGGUGAACACACUGGCCAGACUUUUCCAGGAGCGAGGUGGCCAGUGCACCCUAUAGUGGCGGUGUGUCCUUGACCGACCCGAAAUUGUAUCGUCUUUCCCUUCAUCGUUGUUCAGAUGCUGCCGCACAGACGGCUGAUCGUUUUUUUUCCUCCUCUUGUCCAAAUUUCCUGUGGGAUUAUUUUAUUUAUUCUUUUUUUUUAUGGGUUCUACUAGUGGAAGAUCAUACGUUGUUUUUUGUUUCCCUUGGAAGAACAACUCUUUUUUUUUUUUUUUUUUUUGGAAGAAAAAAGUGCAAAACUGAGAAAAAAAUAAGAACUGACAAAGGAAACUAUUUU